AUGUACUCACCCAAGAAAAAAAAACCCUCUCUAGCAAUACACACCAAACUGAGCAUGUGCAGAGUGUCUCCACACAAUAUAUCUUAUCAGGAGAUAAGAGGGGGACACUGGAAAAAGGGGAGGAUCAGAGAAGGCAGGAUCAAACAGCGUUUUUACACAAUGCAGAGGAUUAACCCCUUAGGUUCCACAGUGAGAAUAACAAGCAUGCUUUACUGCCAGGGACGGACUGACAACUCAUGGGGUCCCUGGGCAGUAGGAGAUCAUGGGGCCCCUGCAUCCUGACCCAAACUCAAA